UCCACAGCACGUAUAUAGAAGUGAUUAACGGACAAAUAAUGUCACAUAUGCACGGAAGGAUUUAAAAACAAAAGUGCAGUGUUCUAAGCAAAGACUUAAACUUGAAGUUGAUAAUCAUUGCUUAUUUAAAUAGUACGUUUUCUGUAGCGCCUCCGCGUUAAAAAAUUGAGUUACCCUUUGGCGUUUUUUGUAUAUGGUUUUCUUUGAAAUUGAACAUACGCUUCGGACGUCGGACGUUGUUAUAAGUGUGCACAAAGAUGCAUUUUGUUGCCCGUAACACGACGGACCUUGCGUACAAUAUGCCGGGCUACUCGCUGCGUCAAGACCCACUGAACCUCUUCCGACAGCCGCCAACAACUCUACACAGCAACUCGCCGCGUCUUGAGAGAUCGAAACAAGUUCGGUCGAACUCCUUCAGUAGCGUCAAGUUCACGAAGAUACAGGAAUAUGAAAAGCACAGGGCUAGUGAUCCGCUGUUGGGUCACUCUCUACAGAAAGAUAGUGACGGAAAUCACGAGAAGGUACCUCUCAUUCCGAAGUCUGAGAAUCCCCCGUCGACAUCUCAACCACGAGCGGUGGAGCACGAUUGCGAAGCAGAAAACUGUAAGCGAGUGAUAUUGAACGUCGCCGGUCUCAAGUUUGAAACCCAGUUAAAGACGUUGAACCGACUGCCGAGUACUCUCCUCGGUAACCCCGAAGAGCGUCACAAGUUUUGGGAUCCGAAACGGAAGGAGUAUUUCUUCGACCGUCACCGGCUUUCGUUUGCCGCCAUAUUGUACUAUUAUCAAAGCGGCGGGCGUCUGCGGCGACCAGUGGAGGUGCCCGUUGAUAUAUUUAUAGAAGAACUCGAGUUUUUCAAGCUUGGCUCGUCGGUCAUUCACGCCUUCAAGGUUGCCGAAGGUUUCAUACUUGACGAGGUUGAUGAAAGUGAGCUCCCCGACAAUGAAAUAAAACGCUAUAUUUGGGAAGUGUUUGAAAAGCAGGGAAGCACGCGUGUAUCAAACGUGAUUGCAAUCGUCUCAGUAGUGUUUAUUCUGACCUCGAUCGUCACAUUCUGCGUCGAGACGCUCCCCCAGUAUCGCGGCAGGGAUUGUUACAACGAUACGGUGGAAACACACAACGGAACGUUCAAGACCGUAAUAAAGUUCAAUUAUACGGAUCCGUUGUAUAUCGUUGAAAGUUGCUGUAUCGUUUGGUUUGUUUUCGAACUGAGUAUACGAUUUGUCUGCGCCCCUGUCAAAAUGAAAUUUGUGAAGGACAUGGUCAAUUGGAUAGACGUCUUAUCGAUAGCUCCUUACUUUAUAUUCCAGAUCAUGUUUUUACUAACAAACUCGUGCGAGAACAACAGUAGGAUAUUGUCAGUUCUCAGAGUUCUUAGGGUAGCACGAAUUUUCAAAUUGAGCCGAUUUUCAGACGGACUUCAAAUUUUCGCAAAAACUAUGCAAGUGAGCUUUCGUGAACUGUCAAUGUUUAUGCUAUUUCUCGGUAUCGGCGUAAUAAUAUUUGCAGGUGGUAUUUACUACGCGGAAGCGCAAAACCCGGACACGUUUUUCAUCAGUAUACCGGACGCUUUUUGGUAUGCAGUGAUCUCGAUGACAACAGUUGGUUACGGUGACGUGUAUCCGGUUGGAAUUCCCGGCAAAAUAGUUGGCACUAUGUGCGUGUUAUCCGGUCUUCUCGCCAUAGCUCUGCCAGUGCCCGUGAUUGUCACGAAUUUCAAUAACAUCUACCGACGGACGACGGGCCGUGGUGCAAAUCUGUGAAAGCGUCUUCACGUCUAUAGCAAAAGUAAUGUUAGCAGAAAUAUAGCAGGUUUUCAGCAUGAAGUAUUAAAGUCAUUAGCUGAAUGUGAAAGCUCGUGUAAAUGUGUCAUUCUCGUUAUUAUGUUAACAGCUAUAUACUGGUACAUUAAGCUCAUGUAAAUGUGUCAUUCCCGUUAUUAUGUUAACAGCUAUAUACUGAUACAUUAAGUUCCAUAUGAGUGUCGUAAUGAGAAAAUCGGGUCGACUGCACAUACUAAUCUGGGGCGAUAUUUUAUGCAAAUGUAUUAAACCCAGUUUUCCAAAACGCGUCUGUAGCAUCCCCUUUAUUCCAGGGUAUAUUCAUUAUGUAUAGCACAAAGCUGUUCAUAUUUGGUUGUUGGGACCUAAUGGCGAGAUAUCUGCACACAAACUAACGGCUUCCGUGUUCUCUUGCUCGAAAUGUCACCGAAUCAAUAGCAGCUGAAACAAGGAAAGCGUUCGAUUCAAUGUUGCGUUCAUGUGACAUUCUCCCAUCGAAAGUGCACGCCAUUGAGUGUAUCGCACGUGGAUAUUUGACGAUGAGCGUUUUGACAAUACUAAUCGCUCGGUCGUGUAUUUGUUCCAAGCAUAACUCGAAUGAAAUUUAUGUAUUAUUACUGUUUGUGGCAAACAAAAGUGCAGAUAAAGUGACAUCCUUGCGAUUAUACUUAGUUGAUAAUCAACGUUGUUUCGUUAUGACGAAUAUUAGAAUAAGAACCUCGCGAUGGGAAAACAGGGCAUAAUGCAAGUGCCUAAAGAGUCCUCCCAGAUGAGCCUGUGCUAUGCAACAAGCGAAUCAGAAACGGGUAUUUCCGCCUAAAUCGGAUUUUCGCUAAGAUGAGACUUUUUAAACGAUAAAUGCCAUAAAAGCGGAUAGCGUCGCCCCUGAUUAGCCCAGGCCAGUCUGGGACGAUGCUUUACUGACAUGCAUUAAGCCGCGUUUUCCCAGAGCGAAAUUAUAUGUUUGCUUAAAUUUUAUUAAUUAAAAAUAAAUUUGUGUGUUUGUUUGUGU